UUGCCGCAAAAAGAAAAAAAGAGAAACAUUUUGCAAAAGCAAAGCCUCUUCAUAAUUAAUGAUAAAUUAAAAGUAAAAGUGAAGUGAAGAUGUAUCCAAGUAAAUAACAUGAGAUAAGAAUGAUAAAAUAAAAUAGAUGCUUCGGUGACAAGUGAUUCUAUUUAGCAUACCCAUCCCGCACUUGUUAUUUGGUAAAAAAAUGGACAAAGAAUACGACGUGUAUAGGGACAGCAAAUUGCGGUAUUUAGGUUACUCCAACGAGGUAGGAGAAGCUUUCCGCCCACUUAUACAUCGCAAUUUGGUGCGCGCAUCCUAUUUACUGGCUACAGCUUAUGUCUGCGCUGACGCUGUUGAUAAAUCAGUCAGAGAACAUCAACGAGGAAGUAGCACUAAACAAAUAGCUAUUGUUACUGGUGAUGUAUUCACCUGGCAAAUGGUUGCCUCUGUAAUCAUUCCCGGCGUCACAAUCAAUAGAAUAACUUGGCUGACUGGCUAUUUGCUACGUAAAGCGGAGGUUAGAAAAGCUUUCAGAAAAAUUUUACCCACCGCAGUUGGCUUGUGUUCAAUUCCAUUAAUAAUUGGUCCCAUAGACAAAUUUACCGAUCAUCUCAUGGAUGAUACUUACCGAAAAUGGUUAAGCUAAAAAUGUACUGCUUUAGCGAUUAAGCUUAAAAUGUUUACUAUUUAGGUGCAAUAUAUUUAUAUCCUUUUUAGCGUUUCGUAGUGAAAGUUCUAUUAGUUACAAAUUUUUACAUUAUAUUGUUAUUAAACAAAUGUUCCAAGUAUUGUAGUAUCAAUAAAUAUACAUAUAUAAACCAUAA